AUGGGGCGGCGUAUGCUUCGUUGCUGGAAGACGGUGUUCUCCUUCGUGCUGCAGAAAACCGUGUGCUGCAGAAAGCCGCUGGAACAUCUGCACGUGCCCACGUUCGGCGCGUGGAAAUCCAGGAAUGCCACUAGGAAGCUGAAGCGUGUGGUGGACUGCGUGGACGAGCACACGGCGCAGUGCUUCGACGCGACGUUGCAGCGCCUCUUCAACCAGGUGGUGGCCGGCGCCAAGGAGACCAUCGCCGAAGUAUGCCUGCCGGGAGACACGCAGGACGACUUCCUUCGGCACGCCCGCUGCAACCGUAACGUGACGCUGGACGAAGAGAAGUGCGCCCCCGCCUACCGCCGCACGCUGGAGCUGGCCAAAACCGUGAGCCAGGCGCAGGACGUCGACCACGGGCUUAAGAGAUCUUGUUGCGCUUUCAGCGAGUUCGUGGAGUGCAAGAACUUCCACGUGGAGCGCGACUGUGGCGACCGGGCGAGCGCCUUCUUCGCUCGCCACAUGCAGCGCAUCUCGGGACCGCUCAUCGAGGACCACUGCGGACACUACGCGCACGGUGGCAGCUGCGACGACAGCGGCGCCUCCUCGGCAGACCGCGUGACUACCGCAGGUCGCCGGUGGCCGCUGCUGCUUCUGACCGCAGCGCCCCUUGCGGCCACGGCCGUCUGGUCCGUUAGUUGCAGGGCGCCGCUGAACCGUUGA